AUGAAAGAGCAACACAUCAGGUGUGAUGCUUGUGGAAAGUGCUUCCACCUCACCCACAGCUUUGCCCGCCACAUGCGCACCCACACAGGCGAGCAGCCGUUUGCUUGUGAUGUGUGUGGGAAGCGCUUCAACGACAGCGGCAACAUGGCCAAGCACAUGCGCACGCACACUGGGGACCUGCCCUAUCCGUGCCCGCAGUGCCCGAGACGCUUCAGUGACCGUGCGAACCGGGCGAAGCACGCGCGCACGCACCACGGCGACGACAGACCUUUCCCCUGCAUGGAGUGCGGCCGCACCUUCGCCAACGGCAGCAACCUGGCGCGCCACCUGAAGGCGGCCCACCGCCACCGGCCGCCG